CAUGGAGACUAGGCAACCUCCAAGCUACGUUGAUCAUUUAUUUCAAACUUGUAAAAAUGACUUGGAAAAAUAUGAUAUUGAAGAAAUUGUUGGAUUAAUCGACGAAUUAGAAGGGGAUUUUAACACUGGCAACAUUUCAAAAACAAUAGGUAUUCCUAGGACUGGACCAAUUCAACUUUGGCAAUAUUUAAUUGAUUUAUUGAAUAAUCCAUCCGAUUAUUCCGAUUUAAUUGAAUGGGAAGGGAACAGCGGUCAGUUCAGAAUUAAAAAACCUUCAAAAUUAGCUGAGUUAUGGGGAGUACAAAAGCGAAGGCCAAAUAUGACUUAUGACAAACUAUCCAGAGCUCUUAGAUAUUAUUACGACAAGCUUAUCUUAAGCAAGGAUUUGAGAGACGGAGAAGAAAAGAAUGCUAUCUGA